CAACAACAAAAAUCUGUUGCCUGAUUGCCAAAUACACUGCCACUCUCGCUUCUACUACGACCGUAUUUCCUGGUCUGGAGGAACUCCCAGCUAACUCCUUAAAAUUAGACUCGAUGUCAUAAAAAAUUCCGAUCACGAUGAAGUCGAGAACUUUUGCGCCGUCGUGGGCGCUUUGCUCCGCGUUGCUAGCACUCCCUCAACUUACGAGCGCUUUCUAUCUCCCCGGUGUCGCGCCCGCAUCAUAUGACUUGGGUGAAAAGGUGCCUCUUUAUGUCAACAGUAUCAAACCUGUCGCCGCCCAAGAUGCGCUCCUUCACUCCGUCAUGUCGUACGACUACUACAACGAGCAGUUCCGAUUCUGCCAGCCCGAGGGCGGCCCAUCCUACGUAUCCGAAAGCCUAGGAAGUAUUCUAUUUGGCGAUCGAAUAAUGACCUCGCCGUUCGAGCUGAACAUGAUGAAGAACGAUACUUGCAAGCAACUAUGUACUUCGAAAUAUGAUAUGCCGUCUGCACACUUCGUCAACAAGCGAAUAAUGCAGGGUUAUGCCUUGAACUGGCUGGUGGAUGGGCUACCGGCGGGCCAACACCUCCUUGAUGACCUCACUGGAACCACCUUCUACAGUCCGGGAUUUGCUAUGGGUACUAUCUCCACGACUGACCCCGAUGGCCCGACCUUUUUCAACAACCACUACGACAUCGUUAUCGAAUACCACAAGGUAAACGGGAAGGAAGACAAGUUGAGAGUGGUGGGAGUGAUUGUUCAACCUUCGUCCAAGGCCUACAAAGGUGAUAUCCAGAACCAGUGCAAAGAUGACCAAACGCCGCCUGUCGUUCUUGUUGAAGACGCCGACGCUCAAACCGAGGUUACGUUCACCUACAGCGUCUACUGGACUGAGUCACCCACCGCUUGGGCUACGCGAUGGGAUAAAUAUCUACACGUAUUUGACCCUAAGAUCCACUGGUUCUCACUCGUCAACUCUGCAGUCGUUGUCAUCUUCUUGACCGUCACUGUCACUUCUGUUCUAUUCCGAGCUUUGAAGAAGGAUAUUGCAAGGUACAACAGGUUGGAUCAGAUUAACUUGGAUGAUCUCUCAGGAACCUCAGCUCUCGAGGAUGGUGUUCAGGAGGAUUCUGGUUGGAAGCUAGUUCACGGAGAUGUCUUCCGAACUCCUUCGCACCCUCUUCUCCUCUCUGUCUUCCUUGGCAAUGGUGCUCAGCUGUUCGUUAUGACCGGCUUCACCAUUUGCUUUGCGCUAUUGGGUUUCCUGUCACCAUCGAACCGUGGCUCUCUUGGAACGAUAAUGAUCUUCCUAUAUACCCUACUUAGCUUCGUUGGUGGUUACGUUUCUGCGAGAGCUUAUAAGUCGAUGAAUGGCGAGAAGUGGAAGCUAAACAUUGGAUUGACUCCUCUUCUUGUUCCCGGUAUCGUCUUCUCGACAUUCUUCUUCCUAAACCUAUUCUUGUGGGCUAAUGGAGCUGCCGGUGCCGUUCCAUUCACUACUAUGCUAGUCAUCAUUGGAAUUUGGUUCGUUAUUUCGAUCCCUCUUUCAUUUAGUGGUUCGUGGCUUGGAUUCCGCGCAUCAGUUGUCGAGCCCCCGGUCCGAACCAACCAAAUCCCGAGACAAAUUCCUCCCUCUACAACCUACUUGAAGCCGAUUCCCAGCAUGCUACUUGUUGGUAUCUUGCCUUUUGGCGCCAUCUUCGUUGAACUCUACUUCAUUAUGAGCUCCAUUUGGUUUAGUAAGAUCUACUACAUGUUCGGCUUCCUCUUCCUGUGCUAUGGCCUUAUGAUCAUCACUUGCGCUGCAGUCACAGUUCUUAUGGUAUACUUCCUGCUUUGCGCUGAGAACUACCACUGGCAGUGGCGAUCUUUCCUAGCAGCAGGCAUGAGCGCAGGUUACAUCUUCGCGCACGCCUUGAUUUACCUAAUCAGCAAGUUGUCUCUAGGUGGCUUGUCUGGUACGGUCUUGUACAUCGGAUAUAGUGCUCUGCUUUCCUUCCUUUUCUUUAUCUUGACAGGAUCUAUUGGAUUCUUCUCGAGUUGGUGGUUUGUGCAGAAAAUUUACGGAUCCAUCAAAAUCGACUAAGUAAUUAAUGGCAAGAGAGGAGGAUGAAGGGAAGACCUCAUACUGAGCCAAGUGACUCGAGGAUGCUUCCUACUUUUGUACCAUAUAUAUGUACGACCGAGGUUAUUUGUUCCAUACGUACCUGCGCUGUCUCUUUCAACUUGUUGACAAGGGAUAAAAUGAGUAUUUGAUGAGUUGCAUAAGUGGUCUGCAAGUUCUAAAGAGCUCGGCGUUAUGGGAGGCGUCAAGUUUUCUUCCAGGUUCUUUUUGUUGGGGAGGGCUCUCGCAUGAAAAACGAACAAGUGUAGAACAGAAACAAGAAAAUGUCUACCACCCGGCUUUUGUGUAGCUGGUGUAGACAUCGAUUGAGUUACCUACUGAAUACGUCUUUGAAAAGCAUCAAUAGAGUACCAUCAUUCAAUGGAUUUAUAUUCAUGCUUCCUUCUAUCGUUAUCUAUAAGCAUGAACUCAGCUGGAGGUAUAUUUAAUCAAUAUAUUU